AAAGAAGGCAAACAUUUGGUUGUGUUUUGUCAGCUGAAGUCAGAUAGAGGCUUUUCACUUUGAAUUUGAUCGUAUCUCUGGCUGAAGCCAUGGGACUUGUUCUACGUGUGGUGCUGCUAUGUCUGCUGCUUAUUGGAGAGCUUCAGGCAAGCUUUGAAUCUUCGUAUACGGGCUCUGCACCUAAAAUUUGGGACAUGGGCUACCCGUCCGGGCCUCAGCCCCAGGUCCCUGAUUACCUGUCCAAGCCCCAGGUCCCUGGCUACCUGCCUCAGGUCCAGGUCCCUGGAUACCCGUCCAAGCCUCAGCCCCAGGUCCCUGGCUACCCAUCCAAGCCUCAGCCCCAGGUCCCUGAUUACCUGUCCAAGCCCCAGGUCCCUGGCUACCUGCCUCAGGUCCAGGUCCCUGGCUACCCAUCCAAGCCUCAGCCCCAGGUCCCUGGAUACCCGUCCAAGCCUCAGCCCCAGGUCCAGGUCCCUGGCUACCCAUCCAAGCCUCAGCCCCAGGUCCCUGAUUACCUGUCCAAGCCCCAGGUCCCUGGCUACCUGCCUCAGGUCCAGGUCCCUGGCUACCCAUCCAAACCUCAGCCCCAGGUCCCUGGAUACCCGUCCAAGCCUCAGCCCCAGGUCCCUGGAUACCCGUCCAAGCCUCAGCCCCAGGUCCCUGGAUACCCGUCCAAGCCUCAGGUCCAGGUCCCUGGAUACCCGUCCAAGCCUCAGGUCCAGGUCCCUGGAUACCCGUCCAAGCCUCAGCCCCAGGUCCCUGGAUACCCAUCCAAGCCUCAGCCCCAGGUCCCUGGAUACCCGUCCAAGCCUCAGCCCCAGGUCCCUGGAUACCCGUCCAAGCCUCAGCCCCAGGUCCCUGGAUACCCGUCCAAGCCUCAGCCCCAGGUCCCUGGAUACCCGUCCAAGCCUCAGCCCCAGGUCCCUGGAUACCCGUCCAAGCCUCAGCCCCAGGUCCCUGGAUACCCGUCUAAGCCUCAGCCCCAGGUCCAGGUCCCUGGAUACCCAUCCAAGCCUCAGCCCCAGGUCCCUGGAUACCCAUCCAAGCCUCAGCCCCAGGUCCCUGGAUACCCGUCCAGGCCUCAGCCCCAGGUCCCUGUCUUCCAGUCCAAGCCCCAGGUCCCUGUCUUCCAGUCCCAGCAGCCUCUCUUCCAGUCCCAGCAGCCUCAGCCCAUGCCCCAGCAGCCUCGCUACCAGCCCAAGCCCCAGCCCAUGCCCCAGCAGGCACGCUUCCAGCCCCAGCAGCCUCGCUACCAGCCUCAGCCCAUGCCCCAGCAGGUGCGCUUCCAGCAGCCUCAGCCCAUGCCCCAGCAGCCUCGCUCCCAGCACCAGCCUCAGCCCAUGCCCCAGCCUAGCUACCAGUCCAAGCAGCCUCGCUACCAGCCCAAGCCCCAGCCUCAGCCCAUGCCCCAGGAGCCUAGCUACCAGUCCAAGCAGCCUCGCUACCAGCCCAAGCCCCAGCCUCAGCCCAUGCCCCAGGAGCCUAGCUACCAGUCCAAGCCCAAGCCUCAGCCUAUGCCCCAGCAGCCUUGCUACCAGCCUCAGCCCAUGCCCAUGUCCCAGGAGCCUCGCUACCAGCCUCAGCCCAAGCCCCAGCCUCAGCCCAUGCCCCAGCAGCCUCGCUACCAGCCCAAGCCCCAGCCUCAGCCCAUGCCCCAGCAGCCUCGCUACCAGCCCCAGGCCCAGCAGCCUCGCUACCAGCAUCAGCCCCAACCCCAGCAGCCUCGCUACCAGCCUCGUGGCAAUUUUUUCUCUCGUCUUCCUGCCCAGACUGAAGCCACACGCAGUAAGGGAGUUCAACAGGAAGAGGAACAACCUAGACGAUGGCAUUAAAGGAAGAUUUGGCUACAACCUGAGGGGCAACAUCUCGGGUGUUUCAACUGAUGGGAAUUGUUGACCUGAAGCUUGUACCAUGAUAGUCUUUUAAGAGAAAUAAAAAUUUAUUUUGCAAAAUUGUGAGGC